AUGGAUAUCUUCAGGGUUUUGGCAAGAGGUGCCAAUGUUAGGAAAGAUACGAAGAGGAUUGGCAAGGAUGUGGAUUUCAGUGUGGUAGAGACCACUGUCAAGGACAAUGAUAAGCAAAUAACCAGAGAACUCGAUUUUUUCCACAACAAAAGAAUUAUGAAGAAGGUAGAGGACUCCAGAGAUAAGGAGAAAGAAGCCAUCGAAGAUGAAAGAGAAGAACUUGUAGAGAAUGACAUUGGACAGCUGAAGGUGAGAAACAUUGAUGAGGCAACGUCGUUACGUAAAUCUUACAAGGCCAAAGUGACAGGUGAAGACAUACCGUUGCCCAUUGGAUCGUUCGAAGAUCUAGUGACGCGGUUUUCAUUUGAUAAGCGUUUACUGAAUAAUCUGAUUGAGAACCACUUCACUGAACCAACUCCCAUUCAGUCCGAGGCUAUACCACUAUCGCUGAACGGUCGAGACAUUGUAGCUUGUGCGCCAACUGGUUCCGGUAAGACGCUCUCGUUUUUGAUACCUUUACUACAGCUAGUCAUCUCAGAGGCGACCGGCGGUACAGGACUGAGGGCAUUGAUCGUCUCACCAACAAAGGAGUUGGCAAAUCAAAUAUUCAUUGAAUGCGGUAAAUUGUCUCGUAAAAUAUUUCUGGACAAGAAAAGACCCUUACAAGUUGCACUACUGUCCAAGUCGUUAAAUGCCAAACUAAGAAACAGGGUGGUCAGUGAUAAGAAAUACGACAUUAUUGUCACCACACCACUGCGGUUGAUUGAUCUGAUGAAGAACGAAGCUUUAGAUCUUUCUACCGUCAAACAUAUCAUCUUUGAUGAGGCGGAUAAACUUUUUGAUAAGACUUUCAUCGAGCAGACAGAUGAUAUCCUGAGCUCUUGUAGCAAUCCUAAAUUACAGAAAUCACUGUUUUCCGCCACUAUGCCGUCCAGUGUGGAAGAGAUCGCCCAAAGUAUCAUGAUGGAUCCCGUCAGAGUCAUCAUUGGACAUAAAGAAGCGGCCAACGCUAAUAUUACGCAAAAAAUAGUGUACUGUGGUAACGAAGAGGGUAAACUGAUUGCCAUUAGACAGUUGGUUCAGGAAGGUGAGUUUAGGCCUCCUGUUAUUAUCUUUCUCGAAUCCAUUGAGAGAGCGAAGGCUUUAUAUCAUGAAUUAAUAUACGACGGUCUAAAUGUGGACGUUAUACACGCAGAAAGAACUCAGAUGCAGAGGGAAAAGAUCAUCGAAUCAUUCAAGAAGGGCGACCUCUGGUGCCUGAUCUGUACUGACGUGCUCGCUCGCGGUGUCGAUUUUAAAGGUGUGAAUCUCAUUAUUAAUUAUGAUGUGCCCAGGACCGCCCAAGCCUACGUUCAUCGGAUCGGUAGAACGGGUAGGGGUGGUCGUUCAGGUAACGCCGUCACAUUCUACACCAAGCAAGAUUCACUGGCUAUUAAACCUGUUAUAAAUGUAAUGAAGCAAAGUGGAUGUCAAGUUGCUGAAUGGAUGGACGGGAUUUCGAAGCUGAGCAAAAGAGAGAAAGAGAGCAUCAAGAAAGGUAAAGCAAGGGUAAACAGAAAGCAAAUCAGUACAGUUCCAAAGGUAGAUAGACUGAAAAGAAAGCGCAAGCACGAUAUGAUCGAAGCAUCGAAAAAAAGGAAACAUCAGCACAAAGCGGUUGAUUCCAAGCGUUCUACUUCCUAA